AUGCUGCGCGCCAUAAGACGCCAGCGACGCGGCGGGGACCUCACUACCGCUCGUCGUGCCGUGUGGCUUGCAGCACGCAGAACGAGCAGCAGCGCCGCCCCGGGCGGUUUACAGUAUGUAGAAAUUGGCAGUGUGAGAGCUCCGAUAUCAACGCCAAAGUCGCUGGAGUUAGUGCCCCGCGGGUACAUGACAGAGGUGCCGCAAGGACGGCAGAUCGCUCCUACUCUACUCGGACAUCUCCGAUGGAUGCUGCAGAAGGACCUUUUGCAGCAGGAUAUGUUCCUGAUAGGACCUCCAGGAUCUUCUCGACGACUACUGAGCAUGCGGUUCUGUGAACUACUGAAGAAAGAGGUGGAAUACAUUGCCGUGUCGCAAGAUACGACGGAGGCAGACUUGAAACAGCGUCGAGAGAUUGUCAACGGUGCAGCUACUUUCGCGGAUCAGGCUCCGGUUCGAGCUGCCAUUCAUGGCCGUGUGCUCGUGAUUGACGGACUUGAGAAGGCAGAGCGGAACGUUUUGCCCACGCUGAACAACCUACUCGAGAACCGAGAAAUGAAGCUAGAUGACGGGCGCUUUCUCAUGAAGGCAGAAAGUUACGACGCGUUGCUGGAGAGAGGGUUCUCAGCAGACGCUUUGGAUGCCCAAAAUCUGGUACGAGUCCACCCAGAUUUUCGUGUCAUUGGACUGGGUCUCCCGGUCCCUCCGUAUCCUGGCCGUACAUUGGAUCCACCCCUUCGAUCGAGGUUUCAGGCGAGAGACAUUCAACCAAAUUCGCCGGGUUCACAGCUUGAGGAACUGCUUGUUGUCGCUCCAUCUGUUCCAUUGCUUACACUCGAAAAACUUGUCGGCAUUCGAGAGGCUGUUAAUACGAUCGAAGCCACGUACGACGCUGGAACGAGUACAGGGCCGCGUAUGCCGCACUUUGACUUCCUGUCGCUUCAGCAUUGCGCAAAAGUGCUGGAGAAGUUUCCAGAAGCAAAUGUGGCUAACGCUAUACGCCGGUCUUUUCCGGUCCGAACCGAUGUUCUUGGAGCUCGAUCAGAGGCGAAUUCGAAGGCGCUGAAUCGCAUCGUUGCAAAGUUCAACGGUGAUCUCAAGAGUACAGCGUACAUGCUGCAAAGUGUUGCCAAAGAGUCUGCUAAAGAUAUGACGGCAACGGUGAGCUUUCGCUCCCAUUCCGACCAGAUUGUGCUGCACGACGUUCCGUGUGGGACAACGCGCGCACAAAUGGAUGCGAUGCCGGGGUUUGUGGAGACGGACGCUCAUUCCAAAGUUCUUGCCGAAAUGGUGCAAGACCAUACUGUCGGUAGGGACCUGUGUAUCCUCGGAGCCAAAGGCAGUGGGAAGUCUGCUUUGGUGAGGUUGUUUGCGUUUCGUUUGGGGUAUGCGACGGAGCUAUUUUGUCUGUUCAAGGAUAUGACCACGCGAGACCUCCUCCAGCGACGGUCAACUGACUCUCAAGGCAACACACAGUGGGAGGAUAGUCCGCUCAUCCAUGCUGCGCGAAACGGACACCUGUGCGUGCUGGAUGGGGUCCAUCGCCUACGAAAUGAUAGUCUAGGGGUGCUUCAAAGGCUGGUUCAGGACCGGGAGAUCGAUCUAGCUGAUGGCUCCAAAUUAGUAUCUCAAUCAACUUACGACGCUAUCAUGGCCGAUGCAAACAGAGCUGGAGACGUGCAUGCGCUGAGUCGAGUGUCUGCCAUUCAUCCCUCUUUUCGUAUUAUCGCAAUCGCUGAGGCUGAUGCUGCGGCAUUAAAAGGAACGAUUUCUCUGCCAGGCAAGGAGUCUACAUCUGCAUGGCUAAGCUCGGACAGCAUAUCGAUGUUCAGCUUUCAUUACCUCCCGACAAUACCUACAAAACAGAGAAGAGAAGUUGUCCAACGAUUGUAUCCUGGCCUCCCUCAUGAGACCACGAGGAUUCUGCUGACGUUUUCAGAGAAGCUGGAAAGCGCCAAGAAACGAAGUGCAAGUGCGGACCACCUUGCGCUUUCACUAUCCACGCGCCAGCUGCUGCGUAUUUGCCGUCGACUCAACGCAUUUCCCGAGCAAUCAUUGCAAGAUUUGCGCGCGUUAGUGCACGAUACGCUGCUUACCAAAUUCUUGUCUCCGUCGUGCAGCGAGCUAGUCGAUUCUCUUUUGGACGAGUGUAAAGCGCCGGCUUCGAACGCAGCCACGUCCGACUUUUCGGUGCAGAAAGCAGAUGUCAUUAGCGAAGAAGACGGAUACUUGCGUAUCGGUGAUGUAUCGUAUCCGAUCCAAACCCCGAGUAGCCCAGAGUUGGUUCCUCAGCCACACUAUUUUGAUAUUCCGAAGCAUACCCGUUGCAUGAAGGACAUGCUGCAGGAUAUUGUAGCCGGUCAAAAGCACCUGCUCUUGAUUGGCAACCAAGGCGUGGGGAAGAACAAGCUCGCGGACAGAUUGCUGCAAAUGAUACAGCAGGAGCGCGAGUACAUUCAGCUGCACCGAGAUACAACUGUGCAAACUUUGACGUUGGCACCAACGCUUGUUGACGGGAGCAUUUUGUGGAAAGACUCGCCACUUGUCCGAGCAGCCAAAGCUGGUCGAACACUUGUUGUCGACGAGGCCGACAAAGCGCCACUAGAGGUCGUUUGUGUUCUGAAGGGGCUGAUCGAGGACGGCGAGAUGCUUCUGGGUAAUGGCAAGCGCUUGAUCGAUCCCACUAAAGUCGCAACAGAAGAGUGGCACAAUGAGGACAACAUCAUCGAGCUUCACCCCAAUUUUCGAAUGUGGGUGCUCGCGAAUCGUCCAGGAUUCCCUUUCCUGGGCAACAACUUCUUCCGUGAGAUCGGUGAUAUCUUUGCAAGCCACGCGAUCGAAAACCCGGACGAAGAAUCGGAGCUAGCCUUGCUAACUGCUUACGCGCCGACUGUUCCCGUUGACACAUUGCGCCGGCUGUGUAAAGCGUUUGCCGAGUUGAGGGGUCUUGUGGAGAAUGGUACCAUCACGUAUCCGUACUCAACUCGUGAAGCUGUCGCUGUGGCAAAACACCUACAGCGCUUUCCAAGAGACGAAGUUGGAUCCGUACUGGCGAACGUGUUUGCUUUUGAUGCCUACGAUCGAGCGAUGCUUGCUCAAGUAUCGGAUGUCUUCAUGAGACACGGAAUCCGUCUUACCAGCAACAGUGGAGACGCUUUGUGUCUCGAAAUGAAUAUCACAACAGCGGACGGCAGCAAAGUGGGUGGACCAUCGACGCCCAAGACAGGUCUGGACACUCCCAAGCACGGCAAAGAGGACCCGAACAAUGAUCCUCAUGUCGGAGGCAAUACAUGGGCUGGAGGAACUGGCGGAUCGGACACAGCCGGACUCGGAGGCCGUGGUGGUCCCUAUCGACUUGACAAAGGUCAUCCGGUGCACCAGGUCUCCCAAGAAAAGAAGGAUGAGGUGUCAGCUGCAGCACGUGCCAAAGCCCAUGCCAUCGCACAAGAGGCACUUGCUGAGAAGUUGCGCGAGAUUGACAUGAGCAAUCACGAAUGGAAAACGUACGAAUCGUUUCUCAAACGCGUGGAGCGAGAGAGUUCGCAGCUGCGCGCCAUUUUGUCAAACUUGGAAACAGUGACGCAGGAACGCAACUGGCUGCGACACCAGUCGAGUGGCGAGCUGGACGAUGGCAAGCUUGUCGACGGCAUUGCUGGUGAGCCUCUCGUGUUCAAGCGUCGUGGCGUGAGUGACUCGCCGUUUCGAGCCCUGUCUGGAAAUUCACAGGGCCACGAACCCAAACGGAUGCUGUUUGUAAUGGACGUGAGCGGCAGCAUGUUUCGCUUCAACAGCGAGGACGCCCGCCUGAAGCGUAUGCUGGAGACGUCGCUGAUGAUCAUGGAGAGCUUCGCGGGCUUUGGGCGUGAGCUGGACUAUUGCAUCAUGGGUCAUAGUGGCGAUUCGCCCGAGAUCCCGUUCGUCGAGUUCGGAGCACCGCCCAAAGACCGCAAGGAGAGGCUCCAAGUGCUUCAGAGGAUGGUCGCUCAUUCUCAGUUCUGCCGCAGCGGAGACCACACUGUUGAGGCGAUCGAAUGUGGUGUCCAGCGCGUUGCUGCGCUUGGGGGUGAUGAUCGAUUUGUGUUUGUCGUGAGCGAUGCCAACCUCGAGUGGUACGGCAUUGAACCUCGAGAACUUGCUCGCAAGUUGCUGGCCGACCCGGGUGUGCAGGCCCACGCUCUUUUCAUCGCUUCGUUUGCUGACGAAGCCGAGGAGAUCCGAUGCGCGCUGCCACCAGGUCGAGGCCAUGUCUGCCUCGACACGUCCGACUUGCCGAGAACCUUCAAGCAAAUCUUCACUUCUGCAUUGGGCAGCAACUAG